AUGGCAUCCUCACCGCCCUCGAGCGAUACAGACUUUGAAGAAUCACAGCUUUCCAGCCAGUGCUCCAAAUCAGAUGUUAUGUACUCUGUGUUGGAGACUGCAGCAGCAAGGAUUCGUAACUGUGACUUUGUAGAUGCCAUAUCUAUUUUGGAUACUUUGGAGCAGGAAUCGAUUGCUACCGGUUCUCUAGAUUUUUUGGCACGUUGUUCUGAAUUGCAAGCUGAGAUCCAAAUUUAUAUUGGUAAUUACAAGGAAGGGUUACGGUACCUGCUGCGAUGUAAUGCCGGAGGAGCCACGGCUAUGCUUGCUGCCAGGAUAACAUUGGGGUCACCUUGUAAACUGGCAGCUGCAGAAAUAGCUUCUUCUUUGGCCACGCUACUGUCAGAAUGUAUAUCAAGAUGCACUGAGACUGGUUCGCAAGGUUCCAUAGACGCUCCUGUUAUGUUACUAGAGCUAUUAUCUCGUUCCGGGAAACUAUCGUCAAUACAAAAAUGGCUAACGUUUAUCUAUUCUCAGGGACUUAGUGACAGUAAUCUACGCUCGGCACCCACACUUGCUCCAUGUUUACGUAUGAUUUCAACAAUUCAUCACGAUUGGCUACAUGAUAAUGUGGAUGUACGGGCAAUUUCUAUGCCCCUUGUGCCAUUUGGACCUCCGGAUAGCGUGGAUACGGAUGACAACGUGGAAUUAGUUCAUAACCUCUCUACGGCGGUGAAUGAUACCGUUUUUAGAAAAGGGCAAUUUGUAUAUUAUGUACCGUUCAUCUGGAAAUCUAUAUUGGGUUUGGUUAAGGAGCUGCAAAAGGUGGAAUGUUGUGAGAACGAAAAUGGUCUCGAUUAUGUUAAUGUAUCUGUUGUGGAGCACAGUGUCUCCGCAUAUAGGGAUGUUAUUCGCAAUAACCGUGCUAGUCCUAAUAAAAGGCGUGGGAUAUCUUUUGGCACUACCUCUAGGGGGAUAUUAUGGCGAUCCACAGACCGUUGGCUGAAAACUAGGCAUCUGUCUUUGGAACGCCUACCCUCUUUUGAUAGAAACUAUCUGACAUCUAUAUAUAUGGAACAACGCGUAUCACGUAUACUGGCCGAACGCCUGCGUGUUCGGUUGUCAUGGACUAUACGUGAUUUGGCGUUAUUGUUUUUUGACGUGUUAUCACGUUACUACCAUUUACUAGAUCGCAAUAGAGAGCAGUUGACUCUAUACCUCUGCAUCCUGUUGACAUUCAUCUGUGAUGAUUAUAGAUCAGAGGUAUAUUCGGGUUCACUUUCAUCUGGUGUGUUUUACACCACCCCUUCAAAAUCGGAUCUACGGCUAAUUCACAGUUCGGACACUACACUCUCGAGGCUUAGAGAGGUACUCGCCCGUUCUGGGAUACAAUGUAUAUGUCUGAUUUUGAGCACACUUCGGAGACCUUCCGGCGGAUUGCGUCAAUGCGCUAAGCAAGUUGGUAUAGAUGACCCAUAUGGGUUUAUGCAUCAUACCUUUGCUCGUUUAAGCUCUCUGAUGCUAUUCUAUUUUGCAACUAAGCGGCAAGAGACAUUACAACUGGUUGUUAUGAGAGCACGCCUGUUGUUCGCAUUUGCCAAGGAUACCAUUAGGGAACACUUCCCACGUAGGGGUCUGCUGAUACGUGGCCGUAGCCGGGAUGCCUACAUCCAUGUGCGUUCCAUUACUACGUGCCUUAGAGCGUUACACAGGAAAGCUUGCACACUAGUGCUGCGUCAAAUGAGCCGCAAUGCCCAUCUGAUGCUAUCGAUUCGGCAUCGGGAAUCUAAUGUCAACUUCCACAACUCGACAACGCAUGGAACUUUUGACCUUGGAGUUGCGGCUAUAGAGCGCCGUUGGUUGAACCUCACGCUCAUAUUACGUCGGUAUAAGCUGAAAAUGUAG